AUGAAACGUAUAAAUACAUAUUUUAAAGUAUUAGAUUCAUCAGAAUCAAAUUCUAAACUUACUUCUGAUGAUGUUCAAACUUCUGAUACAGAAACAGUGAGUGUAGUUGACCAUAGUAUUUUCGAUAUUAACAUAUAUGUUGGUAAAAAAUUGAAUGAUGCUGAAAAAAUUAAAUACCUAGAAAACAUCUGGAUUCCAGGUGGUAAGGGUAAUCAGCCGCUUGGUCAGCUUUGCACAGAGGCUUUUAAUAAAUGGAAGCAUGCUGUAGAACGGUUUAAUAAUCAUGAAAAAACGAAUUAUCAUCAAAAUAGUGUUAUCGAUUGUCAAUCAGUUUCUGCAAUUGUUAUAGGAAAAUCCGAUUCAGUUUAUCAUCAAUUAAAUAAAGCUGAAAAAACUCAAAAAGAAAACAAUCGAAAAAUUAUUAUUCCAGUAAUUGAUUCGGUACUUAUAUGUGGCCGACAAGGCAUUGCACUUAGAGGUCACCGUGACUCUGGAGUCCUUAAACUUGAAGAUCCAAUUAUAAAUGAAGGUAAUUUUAGGGCGUUAUUGAGAUUUUUCCUUAAGGCAACUGCUACAUCCGGCGAUGAAAGUUUUAUAUUAGCAAGAGAAAAUUGUGCUAGAAAUGCACAAUACAUAAGUUGGAAAAUACAAAAUGAAAUUGUUAGCAUUUGUUAUGAAAUUAUUUCAUCAAAAAUUGUAAAUAGAAUUAAUGAAAGUAAUUUUUUUUCAAUAAUAGCGGACGAAACAGCUGAUAUAUCGGGAACUGAACAGUUUGCUCUAUGUGCCCGUUAUUAUGAUAAGAAAAACAAAAAUAUUCGUGAAGAUUUUUUAAAAUUUAUUCCAGUACAUGAUGUGAGUGGUAAAAGUUUAGCGAAUCAUAUAAUUACUGAAUUAAAAAAAUUGAAUGUCGAUGUAAACAAUCUACGAGGUCAAGGUUAUAAUGGGGCGGUAAGUAUGAGUGGGAGAUUUAAUGGAGUUGCAGCUUUAAUCAGAAAUGAUCAUCCAAGUGCAUUGUAUGUGCACUGUAGUGCCCAUAAUCUUAAUCUUUCAGUCUCAAGUGCAUGUAAUAUUCAAGGAAUACGGAAUACUAUGAACACAAUAGAAACAUGUUAUAAUUUUUUUAACACACCGAAGAGACAACAGUUUUUUUCAACACAUUUAGACAAACUAAAACAAAACGAAUCUUCAUCUCAAAAACAAAAACUAAAAAGAUUAUGUCCAGCUAGGUGGAUUGAGCGUUACAACUCAAUUGAAACAUUUUAUGAAUUUUUCCCUGCAAUUUUAAAUUGUUUAGAAGAAAUAAUUAUGUGGAAUGACAGUGAUACAUCAAGUAAAGCAAAUCAACUUCUAUUAGCACUACAAGCAUCGGAAUUUAAUGUAGCCCUGACUAUUCUUAAUUAUAUUUUUCAGUAUACUCAUUCGCUAUGUAAGUAUUUACAAACCACAAAUAUUGAUUUAGUUGACGCUAUUGAACAUAUAAGCUUAGUGAAAAAACAAUUAAUGUCCAUAAGAGAAAAUGUUAGUCUUGAAUUUAACAAACUAUAUAAUGAUCUUAAUGAAAGAUUAAAUGAUUUUGAAAUUAAAAUUGAAAUUCCACGAUUAGCUAAGCGCCAAAAACACCGCAUAAAUAUUUCAACAAAUGAUCCUGAAGAAUAUUUCAAAAUAGCUUUAUUUAUUCCUUUUCUUGAUUCGUACAUUCAACAACUGAAUGAUCGUUUUAUAAAUCAUAAAAACAUUAUUAGUGGAUUCCAAAUGUUAAUGAACAGUUCAACAUUCAAUGAAGAAAGACUUAAAGAACAUGUUGAAUUUUACAAUGAUAGUAACAUUAAAACAAAAAAUGCCAUCAACAUAUUGAAUAAUUGCAAUUCAGAUUUAUUUCCAAAUGUUUUUAAGCUUUUGCAAAUACUGGUCACACUUCCUGUCACAUCUUGCGAAGCUGAAAGAUCAUUUUCUACACUCAAACGCAUUAAAACUUACUUAAGAAACUCUACGUCCGAAUCGAGAUUGAAUGGACUAGCUGCUCUCAAUAUUCACUACGAUAUUGACGUCAAGUCCGGAGAAGUAUCACGAGGAGUAUUGAAAAAAUCUAAGGAGAUGGAGACUAAAUUAGCAAGUUUCAGAGCUCUAACAAAGAAUGAAUCAUUACUUGAAUUGGAUUUAAAGAAUGGGAUUGCAAAAAGAUCAUGA